AUGCCUAAGAACGCCCCCCUCGGCCUCGCGGCCCUCCUGGUUCUCGCCGCCUCCAUCGUGAUGCUCUUCUUCAUCAUCCUCUCGGGCGUCACCAGCGCGACGCCCCUCAAUAAGACCUACUUCCUGCAGGCCGACACGAGCGGCAUCACAGGCGCCAAGGACAUCUCCCAGUGGACCUACUUUUACGUCUGCGGCCCCGGAAACACCGACUGCACCGACGCCCGUGCUGCGCCGCCAUUCGGCUUCGCCUGGGAUUCCAACGCCCAAAACGUCCCUCCCGCUCUCUACGGCGGCUACGGCAGCGGUACCACUUCGUACCAGUACUACUAUCUCUGGCGCUUCGGUUGGGUCUUCCUCCUCCUCACCCUCUUCUUCGAGGUCCUCACCUUUUUCGCCGGCUUCCUCGCCUGCUGCGGUCGUCUCGGCGCUGCCAUCUCCUUUGUCAUCGCCAGCGUCGCCCUCCUGUGCUACACCAUCGCCGCCUCCCUGACGACUGCCACAUUUGUCCUUGCCCGCGAUGAGUUCCACGAUGCCGGCCGCGACGCCCAGAUCGGCUCGUACGCCUUUGGCUUCCUCUGGGGCUCCUACGUCGCCCUCAUCGUCACCGAGAUCCUCUUCCUCCUCGGCAUACGCAGCGACAAGAGCAGUUCCAGCCCCAGCGCCGGCAAUCGCAGCAGCCGCGUCAAGGAGGAUUACGCAUAA